AAUAAUUAGGUUAUAUGGCGCUAAAUCCAACUCAAACUAUUUUCGGUCGCUCAAAGCGCUUCACAUUCUUACCCCUAGCUAUUGGCCUGUACAUUCGUAGUUCAAGCUCUACUCUCUGGGAGUAUUACAGGUCUGAGCUCGAGCUAUACAACGUUCAGGACUAACAUUUAUAGUGUGCCAACCUGAUAGCUAGGAAAGGAAAAUAGGAGAAAGAGUCAAGAAUGCCAGUUAUGAAAAGAAAAUCAGGGGAUGGAAUGGUUAAGACAGGUGCUCAGAGCAAGAAGAAGAAGGAUGCUAGGCCUACUGGAGGAGGUGACAUAGCGCUCGUGGACAAUUCUACAUUUGGAACUGUCAUAAAAGAAGCAGGUGUCAUCUUGAAAGCUGGGAACAGACCCAAUGAAAUAAGUGCGAGUCAAGCUGUGUUCCAAAGGAAAGUCAGCUCGGCACUCAAGAAAGAAAUUGACUAUGAAGAAGUUGUGGAGGAGUUCAUGGAAGGCUUACAGAAGCAUAUUGAUAGCCCUGUUAGGUUCAAGUGGAGUUUGAUGUCCAUGGUAACUUCUGUAGAAUGUGAGGCCAGUGCCCAUGGUCGUCAGCAGGACAGUCUGAUCAGAUUGUUGCUGGGCCUGGAUGAAUUGCAACCUAAACUGAUCAACAUCCUCCUUGAAAAACUUGUCGAGACAGACAAGGAUGAAGAUGCUAUAUUCAGCCAAGGGGAUUGUACGAACAUCAGUAUGUCACAUCUGGUCAUGAAUCAACUGAGGUGGUUAGGUAACGUAGUAAAUUCUCAGGAUCUGGUGACCAAAAUCUUUGAGAUGGUUGAGGUGACAUCGCUGGAGGUGCAGAGAGAAAUCAUCGGGUGCCUUCCUGAGAUCGUCGAGGACAAAGACCAUGCUGAUGUUGGCACGCAGUUGAAGAACUUAUUGAGUGAGAACAGUGAGCUGACAGUGCCUAUCCUCGAUGCUUUAUCUAAUUUAUACCUCAAAUCUGACGUCCUGGCUGAAGUGCGUACAUCUGUCCUCCAGAGCCUGCCCUCAAUUGAUCAAGAUGCGUUACCAGUAGCUGUCAAGUUCCUGAUGCAGUCGGUCAACAACCAAGAUGCCCUUCAGGUGAUAACUGGUUUGAGAAAGAACCUUGAUUUCUCCCCAAGUUUUUUCCCCAGUUCCUCGUCGACCCCAGCAGGCGCGAGGGCUUCUCGUGGGGCGGUUGGGAAGGAGAAUAGAUCGAUUGAGGCAUUGACUCUUGACGCCAUAAAAUCGUCAAUCAGGUUCCAGAAAAGUGUUGCGGAUGCUUGGAUCAAGGUGAUCACAGAGGUCAACACAGCAGGAGGCCACCAAGUGAUCGAUGUAUUUGCACUUCUGAUUCUCCACUCGUUUGCUCAGAGGACAAAGGUGAUCGAGCCACUCUUCCGAAAUAAAGUCAGGUCAGGACUGUUCACUGAGGUGCUCUUGCAGGCUGCUUUCAACUCCUAUUCACAGAUCUUACGAGAACACUUUGCCUCCAUCCUUUCUAUAGCCGAAGCUCUUCUGCGAUCUCCUGAAUGUAUUGUGCGAGGUUUUGCCUGUGCCAUGUACAAACAUGCUUUCAUCUCGUUUGAUGCAUAUUGCAGACAGGAGAUUAUCGGUAAUCUGGUAACCCACAUCGGUCGCCGUAACCCGGGAGAGACGGACUCCUCGAUCGAUAUCUUGGCUGAUCUUGUAGAGUCACAGUUUGAGAAGAUGCACCCAUUUGCAGUGUUUGUAAAGGGUUUUCUUGACUACAUGGAUAACCUUACCCUAUCUCAGAUAAGAAAGCUUUAUUCAACAUUGAGUAUACUUGGCUUCAGGAACCAAGAGGAGGGAGGCAUUCUACAGGAUGACAUGUUCAUCAUUUUAAGAAAACAGCUCUCUAAUAUCAAUCCAAAGUACAAGCGAAUGGGUGUUAUUGGUACGAUCAUGGUGGUCAAGAGUUUAGCUCGCGUCAGACCUGAAUCCUCUAUAGAUGAGUCAGAUGCUGAUGGAGAGCAGUCUAUCAAUGAAGAAGCAUACACCCAAGUGAUCAACUUGCUGAAGCUAGCCCAGGCUAGCUGUGCUAAGAUGCCCGAGGUGCAUGCACUUUUCCUGGAUGAACUUUCUCUCAUUAUGCAGGAGGGGUCUCUUAAUCCAAAAGUAGAGUCAUGGAUUGGAAAUUGGGCAAUUGAAGAUUUUGAGACGCAUUACAUUGUCGACAUGAUCCGAGGCACAAAUCCUCCUGAAUGUAUUGUGCCUACAGAAUACAGGUUCGCACUGGAUAAUGAGAUAGAAGAUCCUAUUGCAGUCAACCUGGUACCACUUGUAGUGGCAAGUAUGGAGAAGGGAAAGGACAAAAACAGUAUUGGCUCUCCCCAAUGCCUGGCUCCAAUCUAUCGUCUGCUUCGCCUCAGUCAAAUCAGGCUCAAUAGUGGUGACCUUGAGCCAAUUGAGGCGACCUUGGGUUGUCCUAUUAUCAUGCCACAGAGUCUCCUGAGCGACAAGAUGGAAUCAUUGAGCCAGCAAGAGAAGGAAGUGAUCUGUGCUAGUGUGAUCUUUGCUAUCAACUGGAUGUUAGAGACUGUGAAUGCCUUUGCCAACCAACCAGAUCCUGAGAUGAGACUGAAAGUCAAUAUACGGCUCCAGAAUAUCUCAGAACUCAGAAAAGUCCUGGAAAAGUGCCUAGCAGCCACCCCCAACUUCCAGCCCACUGCUGCUUCUUUCUAUGAAGAGGUCAGUGCUCCUGCAGUCACUGCUGUUGGCGGUAAAAAGAAGCCCAAAGGAAGAAAAAGGAAAAAGGCUGGGGAUAAGGACGGUAGUGAUGAUGAUGAGAACAACAGUAAGGAUUCGACACAGUUAGAUAAGGAGUCACAGGCUGUGAACAAGACAAUGGCUAGCACUCAGAAACCUGAUGCCAAGAGUACCAUUGUUCUGAAUCAGUACAAGAAUUACUUCAGGGAGUUAGAUAUCAGUGUAUUCAAUAUGCUGAAGGAAAAUUCCAUUGUCACAGACUCCUUAGAUGAGAAUUUCCUUGAAAAGUAUGGCAUCAAUAGCCAGAGACUCCAGCCUGAGCAACUUGAGUACCUACUUGUUGAUCUGAGCGAGAAGCUAGACCAUGCGCUCCUGACAUCUGCCCCCAAGAGGCGGACCUUCUUAAAAACCAAGUCAAGCAAGGACCAUUGCUUCACCCAAUUGGACUCAUUUGGAACUGUUGCCAUCAUCCAGGGUGGUGUGAAGCUCCUGGCUACACUCUGUGAUCAACUUGAAACUACAACAGCAUUUUUUGAGGAAUUACUGGUUAGAAAUGACGGGGUUGUUGAUGGUCCAGGGAGCAGAUCAGAGAUGGCGCUGUACAUGGGCUCAUGUAUGCGCCUUCUGUUUCAGACGAUUCUUUCAGUAUUGUCAUGGAAUGGUUUCACAGUGAAUGAGAACAUGCCACUGCUAAAGGAAGCCUACUCCAUCUUAGCCGCGCGAUACAAGAAUUCGUCAACACAGAGCUCGUUCAAACAGCUAGUCAAGCAGACGUUCAUGUACUUUGAGAGAUUCUCGAACAAGAUUCCUAACAUUCGAGGUGCCGUCACGUUACUCAAACUCUUGGAGGUCACCUCUGAUCGAUGUGGUGCAGCUGAAUGUGAAGAAAAAAUAACUCUCCUGUGCAAGGGUUUUCUCCAGCAGGAAUGGUUAGGUGCUGACGGUGAGAGAGAAAAGGGUGCAGAGUUCAACGAGCAAUUAGGAACACUAAUUAGGAUGUACCUGCUUCACUCGGAUUCCAAAUUAGAGUGCAUCGAGAACAUAGCAUCUGUCGGAAUGCGGGAACUUGAGAACUGUGAGAAGAACGGCUCUUCAGAAACCUACUCGACCCUGACCAGACACUCAUAUGCUGUCUACUACAGGACAUUGCUAAGCGAACUAGUCGACUGUGUCAAGGCCAUUGACAGUGUCAAAACAGCAAAUAAGGCUGAAGUCAAGAUUGAGAAGCUACUCAUAUGGAAUAUGGGUGUGCGAGUCUUCCACAUCCUGGUUACUCUCAUCAAGGUAUUUGAUGGAAGGUCCAACCUCAUGUCAGUCCUCAAGUAUGGCCGCCAGCUGAUUGAGAUUUUCCUGCGCAAUGGGAUGCCCCUUCUCGACAGCGUAUUCAAGACACAUUGCGCAGAUGUGCAAGGCUUACUUAAGAAUCUUCAAUUGAGUACAAGGACUCUUCAUCACAUUUGUAGUCAUUCUAAGACAGUGAAGGAUGUGUCUCUGACCAAUCAAGUACCUGCUAUGAAACGCUGUCUUGAGGCAUUCGUCUAUCGUGUGAAAGCCAUGCUAACCGUCAACAACUGCUCAGAAGCUUUCUGGGUUGGCAAUCUAAAGAAUAGAGAUCUCCAAGGAGAGGAGAUUUUGUCUCAGUCUGUAAGCAAUGCUGAUGAGAAUGAGGGCACCAUGAAUGACGUGUCUGAGGGAGAAUUGGAGGACGAUGAUGAAGAAAGUGAAACUGAGAUGGAAACUGAUGAUGGACAAAACAAAGGUGCUGCCACAACUCGUACUGAUGACUCAGAUUCAGGGAGUGGAGGCGAGUCGUUCAGUGAACACUUCUAGGAUAAGAGAUGAUUGAGGUGCAGAAAGUAAAGUUGAUGCUACCAGGACGUGUUGUCCACGAUAUUAAGACCAGUAGGAGCUGUGGAUCCAGUUCGACUCUUUGCGGAGUCUGAGGUUCCUCCUUGUGGGGGGGGGGGGGCAUGUAUGAAUUCGUUGACGUCUUCUAGGCCCUUGUGGUUUGCUGAAUUGAAAUGGUCACCAAUGGUGUCAUCUCUGUUGGCACUUGUAAUGUUAUAGAAGUAACCUUGGAAGUGUUCCAUGACAGAGCGUUUUGUCUGCCCAAUGUAUUGUUUGUUACCUGUGUUAUAUUGUAUGCAAUA